AUGUCAAAAGUGUCGAUAGGGCGGCGGUCAGAGAAAAAUGGUGUUCUAUUUUUCAAGAUCGCUUUUGAAAGGCUUGAUUUUGUCUACACUUUAAUCCUAAACUUCAUGGUUUCGUUUGUUAAUGCGCGGCCUACCGCUGAUGGUCGUGUGAGGAUCAAUGUAGGUGGAAAAAUUUUUGAAGCGCAUAUCUCCGAUCUUAGAAGAUCUCACAGUGCUGUGCUAUCUCACAUAAUUGAUGAUUCGAAAAAUCAGAGGGAGCUAUUUUUAGACAGAAAUCCAGCUCUUUUUGAGAAAAUAUUAGAUUACCUAAGAGACGAUAAGAAUUUUAUUCCUCCUACGGACGAUGAUGUUCGGGAACUGCUUGCUAAAGAGGCCGAGUACUAUGACGUGAAUGGCCUCCUCAAGAUGUGCUCAUCUGAUUUUAAAGAGGGAGAUAAGGUGCAGUGGACGGAGAGUGUUAUCGAAUCAUACUCGGAUUUUUUGAUGAAGUACUGGCUCCCAAAGCACGCUGAUCCCUCUCCUUAUCCUACUCGUGGCCAGCGGGACUUAAACAAAUGCGAAAAAUGCCAUUAUGACUUUGUACAACGUUAUACGGGCGGCGAACUUCAAAGUAAUGAACUCGAUCUCAGAGAUUACGUAAGAUUGUUGCACCUAGAACAUCUAUUAGUGGAGAAAGGAGAAAUUGUUUCUGCCGGUGAAACAUUCUGCAAAGUGAAAUGGCCCGACAAAAGCACCAAUGUUCCGAAAGCUGUAUUGCGACAUGCACACUAA